ACGCGAAAAUCAAAACGAAAAGUAGUAGAUUUUUGUGUGUGCAAAACAAAACCUGCGGCCGAUUAAAACAAAACCUGAAAAUAAAACACAAUCGCGCUAAUCGUGGCAAUGUAGUUCAAAUUUGUUAAAAUAUGAGCAAUAAGCGUGUCAAGUAGCAACGACAGUUGAUUAAAUAAUGCCAAACAAAAUGGUUAAAAUAUUCUUCAGUUGAAAGCGAAAGGCAGCGCUGCAGCUCUGUGAAAUGUUGUCGCCGGCGUCGCAACUCAACAAUAAACAAAAAGCAUAAAAACAAUAAAAACGCAAAAGGUGAAAUGUUUGGCACUAGGUCAACAAAUCGAAGCGUUUAAAUUAUUUAUUCAAUGCGCAGCAAAUUGUCCAAAAUGCGUCUGCAACAACGCUUCAACAGCACCAGCAGCAGCACCAGCAGCAGCAGCAGCAACAACAACAACAACGCCAGCAGCACAAUGGCAACACAAGCGAUUGUCGGCAACAAUCGAAGCAAGAAUCCACGCGCCAAAAUACCAAAUCUCAUCAACAACAAUCGCAACAAUCACAACAACAACAGCAAUAAUGUCUACAACAAGCUGCGCAGUAAAACUAACAACAACAACAGCAGUCAGCCCAUGCAGCUGGAUUCAGCUGAAGACUUGGUCGAGACCCUAGAGGAAACAACAACAGCUGUCGAGCUGCGCUCCACGUCUGCUGCUGCGGCGGCAAAUGCUGCAAAUGUUGAUCAACUGCGCGCCUAUACAACGCUGCGCAGCAACUCAACGUCGGCCAUCAUAGCGGAGGCUGCCUGUCUGCCCAAUCUGUUGGGCAACAACUCGAGCAUGCUGUUCGCCCGCCCCCGCACCCUGAACGUGCACAAUAUCUGCCAGACGCCAGCGCAAAUAACGCAAUUGUUUUUUGGAGAAAUUCUGAAUGCCUGGAGAGCAAAGGCGCGGUGCAAUGUGGUGCCCGAAGAGCGAACGCAGGAGCUCUUCCACGAGCUAAGCUUUCAUCCCAGCCAAAAGCAGAUUAGCGAAAUGCUGCAAACGGCCAAGAAGGUUGCCCGCAAGGGUCGGGGCCAGACACACGGCUUGACGUUCGGGCAAUUUUGUGUGCUGGCUGCGGAUCUGAAACGUUUUCGAGCCUCCAACUUAUCGAACUUCACUGACGUUAGAUACCAACAACUCUCUAGCUCUCUGCUGCAGCAGCAGGACGAAGCUGCUCAAGCAGCGAAUAGCUCCAAUAAUACCCAAAAUCCAACAGCAACAACAACUGCGACUACAACUACUACAGCAUCUGCCUCUAAGCAUUACAAUAAAAAAUCGGAGAGUUAUGCCACAGAGCUGCGCAGUACAAAAUCAUUUAGCAGCGUCGACGACACCAAGAAGAAGAAGAAUGCCAGCAAUGAACCCGUCGAGGUGUUCCUCGGCGGCUCCUGCAAUCCAACGACAUGGCGAGCCGAUGUGGCAAUACCCGCACUCAAGGAGCUCGGCAUUUCAUUCUAUAAUCCUCAAGUAUCCGAUUGGACGCCCGAUCUCAUCGAGCUGGAGCAUCGAGCCAAGGAAAAGGCACGCGUAUUAUUCUUUGUUAUGGAUUCGGAAACACGCGCAUCUGCUGGUGCCAUCGAGGCGGCACACAUCGCGGGUCAAAACUGCAAGCAGCUGGUGUUGGUUUUGCAUCCCUAUAAACCAAAUCAGAAUAUCCUGCACGAGCCUAUUUCGCAUCAAGAAUACCUCGAUUUAAGUCGCAAUCAAAUGAUACUUAAGGAGCUGGUCUCCCGUCGCGGUCUGCCAGUGCUGGAUAAUAUACCAUCUGGACUGCAGCGCACCAAGGAUAUCUUAUCUGGCAUCAGAGAUCCACCGUCCAAAAUAUCUUCUAUAUUAGAUACCGUACGUGGCGCUUUUGAUCGCGUUAGUCCCCAAAGCGAACUACUCACUGUGGAACAGUGCAAACGUGCUCUCUUAUUUUUAGGCUAUGCUCAGAGUUUAGUUAAUUUAGAUAAUCUGAAUAAGAUAAUAAUCAAUCAACGCGAAUCAUUGAAACUAUUGCAAACACAAAGUACAAAGGCGGGUGAGCAUCAGUUGGAAGAGGAGCAGCAGCCCCAUCAGAGAAGCUGCCAGGAGCUCAUCGAUUUCGAUCUGUUCUGUGUGAUCUCCGCUUAUCUCUCAGUGCUGCAGCAGGAGAUCCACGAAAGCGGCUGCAUAUCGCCCAUCAAGGGAACGAACGUACCGCCGCCGCAGGUCUACUUUACCAACGCGCCUGAUGUCGACAUCUAUUAUGCUGCCAGCAAGAAUAUAUCGCGCACGUCGAGCAAUGCCAGCGUCCCAUCGAAUAGCAGCAGCGGCAUCGGCCACGAUCUGGAGCGGCAGAGUUUGUUCGAGCAGUUGAGCCGCAGUCGAGACAGCGGCACGUCGUCGCCGCAGCCGCUGGGCGCGUCCGUAGGUAAAAAACUGCAGCCACACAUCAUGCUGAAUGUGGAAUCGAUAGAGACAACUGAAAUAAUCACAACCAAAACGAUAGAGACCAAACCGUUUAUGGCUGUCAACAGCAACAGCAACAACAACAGCAAUGCCAACAACGCGAACAGCAACUGCAGCAGCUGCAGCAUCAAUCAGCAUACAACGGAGGAGGAGGAGAGCGACUCCAAUGAUUCGGUGUUCUCCAGCAGCAGCUCCAUAGCCAGCGCCGGCGAUGCUCUCUGCUGCUCUGGCUUGGAUCUGCGCGAUGUCUAUUUGGGCGGCAGCUGUGUGCUGCGCACCAAAUGGCGCCAAGAGCUGGCGGUUCCCUAUCUGCAGGCCCAGAACGUGACCUUCCACACGCCCGCACUGCACGAGAGCAUUCAGCAGUUGCCCACACAGCAGGAAGAGCAAUCGAAGACGCCGCCCAUGUCCGCCACGCAGGAUCAGCAGCAGCAGCAACAGCAGCGCUCCUUUGUGCGCACGCGUCGAAAGUGUCGCGGCAAUCAGCUGCAGCUGGAGGAACAGGAGGAGCUGACGGUGGCCGAGGAGUCGCUCAGCUGGUCGUUGCCGCCGGUGGCUGUGCGCCAGAGUCUCUACAAUCCCGCUCUGCUCGACUCCAGCCGCGUGCUGCUCUUUGUCAUCACGAACGAGACGCGCUCGCUGGCGCCCAUGACGCUGGCCGCCCACUGCAUCGGACUCAUGUACAACGUUGUGCUCGCCGUGCAAAUGCUGCCCGAUGAUUGUGUCCUGGGCGGUGAAAAGUUAACUGUAGCCGCCAUCAAGGACUACAAUCGCGGUCGCUCGUAUUUAAUAGAUCUGGCCAAGCGGCAGGGCGUGCCCGUCUUCAAUGACAUCCAAGCGGCGCUUGAGUGCACCGUGGCCAAGGUGCGAGCGUAUAACAAUAGAGAUCGCAGCUAAAAAAAAAAAAAAAAAAAAAAAAAAGAUGAAAGAUGAAAGAAAGAGAUGUUAAACAAAUGAGAAAAUCAAUCGUACCUGUGUUUCACUUCUACAGCACGUGACAAAUCUAAGCUAAAUUUUAUAAUACUUAGUGCAAUUUAUGUAACUUUCUAUUAAAUUUAAUUUCAUAUUUUAUGGCCUUACUCUUAAAAAAAAACUAAACUUUCUUAACAAUUGUGUCUUAAAUGUAAUUGAAAUGCAAAAAUGUUAAAAAUCUGUACUAAACUUUACUAUGUAUAACUGUUUCCCCACUAUACUUACACAUAUAUUAUAGCUACGUAUACGUAAUAUUCCUGUAAAAUUGUAAAUGAAAUAUGUCGUCGCCCAGAAAGCGCA